GCGAUUCUUUUGUCACCAGAAAUCAAUGUUGGUAGACGCCGCACGGAAUUCUGGGUAAAUGGCGGACGGCGUGUGAAGUGUCCGGAUCGUCCUCCUGCCAAUUCGUACGAUGCCGCGCUCCAAAAAAGCCUGCCAAUAAGAUAUUGUUGUUACAAGUUGUUUGUUUUGCCUAGUCGAAAGGAAUUAUGGAUGAUGACGGUGAUAAUAUGUCCGGCAGUGAUUUCGACGAUGACGAGGAUCCAGACAAGAUUGAGGUGCCCGGUGGCGGCAAAGAUUUGGCCGCCGCCGCGUCCAUUCUGGAGCAGCGGGACGCUAAAAUGAAACAGGAAAAUGUUUCAAAGCCAGACAUGAAAAUGCCCCCAAUGAUGAACUACAACAACAAAAUGAUGAAGAACAUGCCACCGAAUUAUGAUGCAAUGAUGCGCAACCCCGCCGCCACCAUGGGCUCGCCGUACGGCAUGAGCAGCGUGGCCGCGAUGGCGAGCAUGCUCAGCAGCCUGGGCGGCGGCGGUCCCAUGAACAUGGGCGCCAUGUUCGGGCAGGGACCGGGCGGCGGAGCCGCCGGUGCCGCCGGCGGCUUCAGCGCCGCGCAGUUUCUGCAGCAGAGUAAGUCCAAGCUUGGUAGUAGACACUUGGAAAUGGCCGCAUACGGUAUGAACCAACCCUUCAACCCGUUCCUGCAAAGUUUAUCGAUGCUAUACCCCAACAUGCCGGCCGGCAGCCCUUGGGCCUCGCAGCUCAGCAACAAAGCCGUACAAUCCAUGUGGAUGAACCAGGUCGAUAAACCGAUGCACCAUCAAGAGGAGGAGGAAGUGGACGACGAAGAGAUGGGCGUGGCCGAAACCUACGCCGACUACAUGCCGUCCAAGCUGAAGCUGGGCCGCAAACAUCCCGAUCCCGUGGUCGAGACCGCCUCGCUGUCGUCGGUGGCCCCGGCCGACGUUUGGUACAAACUCUCCAUUCCCGACGAGACCAUCAAGGCCGGACAUUUGUCCGCCCUGCAGCUGGAGAGCAUCACCUACGCCUCUCAGGCACACGAGCACAUCUUGCCGGACGGGUCACGUGCCGGUUUCCUAAUAGGGGACGGCGCCGGAGUGGGCAAAGGCCGCACCAUAGCCGGCAUCAUCUACGAGAACUACCUGAAGGGACGCAAACGUGCCAUCUGGGUGUCCGUCUCCAACGACCUAAAGUACGACGCCGAACGCGAUCUCCGCGACAUCGGCGCCGGCAAGAUCGACGUGCACGCCCUCAACAAGUUCAAGUACGCCAAAAUCUCGUCGGCCAUCAACAACAACGUGAAGAAGGGCGUCGUCUUCAGCACUUAUUCGGCGUUGAUAGGCGAGAGCAACUCGGCCGGCGGCAAGUACAAGUCGAGAUUGAAACAGCUGCUGCAGUGGUGCGGCCAGGACUUCGACGGCCUCAUCAUAUUCGACGAGUGUCACCGGGCGAAAAAUUUGUGUCCGGUCGGGUCGUCGAAGCCGACCAAGACCGGUCUGACGGUGCUGGAGCUGCAGAACAAGCUGCCCAAGGCGAGGGUCGUUUACGCCUCGGCCACCGGAGCCUCCGAGCCCAGGAACAUGGCGUACAUGGUGCGGCUGGGUAUGUGGGGUGAGGGCACCCCCUUCGGCGAGUUCGCCGACUUCAUAUCGGCUGUGGAGAAGCGAGGUGUCGGUGCCAUGGAAAUCGUCGCCAUGGACAUGAAGCUCAGAGGAAUGUACAUAGCUCGACAGCUGAGCUUCCACGGCGUCGCCUUCAAAAUCGAAGAGGUACCGCUGUCGAAGGACUUCGAAAAGGUGUACGACGCCAGCGUCAAGUUGUGGGUGGAGGCGAUGCAAAAGUUCCACGAGGCGGCCGAACUGGUCGACGCCGAGAAUCGCAUGCGCAAAACGAUGUGGGGCCAGUUCUGGUCGUCGCAUCAGCGCUUCUUCAAGUACCUGUGCAUAGCGGCCAAGGUGCCGCACGCCGUCGUCCUCGCCCACGAGGCCAUCAAAAUGGGCAAAUGUGUCGUCAUCGGGUUGCAGAGCACCGGCGAGGCGCGCACCCUCGAACAGCUCGAGCGGGACGACGGGGAGCUGACUGAUUUCGUUUCGACCGCUAAAGGUGUCUUUCAAACACUGGUGGAGAAGCACUUCCCCGCUCCGGACCGCAACCGCAUCCAACGUCUGCUGGGUCUCGAGCCCCUGUCGUCGAAGAAGGCGAACGGAAGCGGCGGCGGUGGCGGCGACGACGGCCACUCGUCGAAACGUAAGCCGCAACGGCAGGCGGCCGCCCGCGCCAACAAGCGCAACAAGUGGUCGACGUCGGACAGCGACAACGAUUCGGUCAAGAGCUCCGACUCGGAGUUCCAAAUGUCCGGACCGGAGAGCGAGAUCUCAGAGGAACAUUCCGAUUCCAACGCCAGCAGCGACUUCAACCCGUUCGGGUCGGACAGCGACUCGGACAACGAUCCGUGGAUGCGCAGCAGCAAAAAGAAGGGCAAGAAGCAAAAGAAGGCGCCGAAAAAGAAGCCGGCUUCGACGCAGGACAAACUGUCGCAGCUGAUCCAACAGAAAACGUUGAAGGCCAAGGCCAACGGCAGCGGUUUGGAUUACAAAGCGGGGGCACCGCCCAAAGACGCCAUCGAAAGGGCGUGUUGCAUGAAGGAGGAGCUGUUGGCCAAGAUCGAACGAUUGGGUGACAAGCUGCCCCCCAACACCUUGGACCAGCUGAUAGACGAGCUGGGCGGGCCGGAGAACGUGGCCGAGAUGACGGGCAGGAAGGGACGCGUCGUGUCGACCGAGGACGGCGGCAUCCAGUACGAGAGCCGGUCGGAGACGGACGUGCCGUUGGAAACGCUCAAUCUUACGGAAAAGCAACGUUUCAUGGACGGCGAAAAGGACGUGGCCAUCAUUUCCGAGGCCGCCUCCAGCGGUAUAUCGUUGCAGAGCGACCGCAGGGUCAAGAACCAGAGGCGCAGGGUGCACAUAACGUUGGAGCUGCCCUGGAGCGCCGACAGAGCGAUACAGCAGUUCGGUAGGACGCACAGGAGUAACCAGGUGAACGCACCCGAGUACGUGUUCCUCAUAUCCGACUUGGCGGGUGAACGGCGAUUCGCAUCCAUCGUGGCCAAGAGGUUGGAAAGCUUGGGCGCCCUGACGCACGGCGAUCGAAGGGCGACGGAAACGCGUGACCUGAGCCAGUUCAACAUCGACAACAAGUACGGUAGGUCGGCCCUAGAGGCCACCAUGAAAGCGAUCAUGGGCUACGAGGCGCCGAUAGUGUCGCCGCCUAAAGACUAUCGUGGCGAUUUCUUCAAGGACGUCGCCGCGGCGCUGGUGGGCGUCGGUCUGAUCGUCAACAGCGAGUCGAUGCCAGGCGUCCUCAGUCUGGACAAAGACUACAAUAAUAUGAGCAAGUUCCUUAAUCGCAUACUCGGCAUGCCCGUCGAGCUGCAGAAUAGACUGUUUAGAUAUUUUACGGACACGCUGGCCGCCAUAAUAACGUCGGCCAAGCGUUCGGGUCGCUUCGACCUGGGCAUAUUGGAUCUGGGCGCCGGAGGCGAGGUGGUCAAGCGCGUGCGAACCGUUACGUUCCUGCGCAAACACGCCACCGGUACGGCGCCCACGGAACUGCACACGGUCCACGUGGAGCGCGGCAUGUCGUGGCCGGAGGCGCUCGACAAACUGUCCGAUCUGACCGGCCAGUACGAGGGAUUCUGGCUGUCGCAUCAGAUCCGGAACAACAAGCACACGGCCAUCCUGGCGGUGAAAUUCGAGACGGGCACGUCCAAAAAGAAGGAGUCGAAGAAGGAUCAAAUGUACACGGUGUACAGACCGAACACGGGUUUGCAGUUCAAGCAGGAGAGCCUUGCCGAGUUGGAGAAAAAAUACAAAAAGGUCGAGUCGUCGGAGGCGGAGAAAGCGUGGGUGGACCAGUACGACGCGUCGGUGAACACGUGUUCGCACGCGUACUGGCGCGGCAACUGUCGGAACGUGUCGAUAGGUCACGACUGCGAGAUCGGUCUACGCCGUCGCACGUACAACGUCGUAUCCGGUUCGGUGCUGUCGGUGUGGUCGCGCGUCGAGGGCGUGCUGGCCAGCAAAAACGGCUCGCAGAACAAGAUGCAGGUGAUCAGGCUGCGGACAAAGGACGACUUCAAAAUCGUCGGUACGCUAAUCCCGAAGAACUGCGUGGACGCACUGAUAGAAGCGCUGUCUUCGGACGCCGAGAAGACCGAGGAGAAGACGUUCGAUUAGUAGUCGUCCCCCCCACACCCGUCGCGUAAAUCACAAAACUUAGUUAUUUGAAACAUAAUACAGGGCAAACAUAGUAUUUCAAUGGCACUAAAAAAAAAGUGUGGCAUUUCAAGGGUGACAUUUCUGAGUGUGUGUACGUUGACUGUAAUAUAUAGAUAUUUAGGAAGCAAAUUCCAAGUAUUUUUUGAAAAAAUGGUCGUGUGUCCCAAACCCACACAACGGGACACACACACCCACACACAAACACACGCGCGCGCGCAACACGCAGGAACUCACAGGAAAUAAAAAAUAUAACCGGACGGUAGUUUUGAGGGAAAGCCGACGUUGUCAAAAAAAAAAAAAAAUGAGAAACCAACCGAGUUAGAUUUCGUUUUCCUUCAAUGAAAAAUAAAAAAGAAAACCCAAAUUUUACCCCCCCCCCAUACACCGUGUGGCCGAUUCGCAAAACAUUUGGUUUUUUUUUUAAGUUACAUGUUUUUUCAGCAUACGAUGUUAUGUUGGUUGUUUUAUUGUGUGAUCAAUGGAUUUAGUGCACUUGGGCCAGUCCCUCAAAAAAAUAAAAUAUAAUAUUAAAUAAACAGUCUGUGAAUUAGUUACUUUUUAGGUAUUAUGUAUUUAUAUACAAGUCGUAAGUUCUUUAUUUUUUAAGUGCGCCUUUUCUUGAAUUUCUCAUCUUUUGUAUAAAUUUUUUAUUGUAAAAAAAUUCGAGAGAUAAUCAAGACUUCGUUUAUUAUUAAUUUUUUUUGUUUAAGUAACGUAAAUACUUAUUUAUCUUGAAAUGUAAAUUUGGAUGUGUUCACAUUAAAUUAAAAGAGAAACUUAUCCUCGUA